GUAUCCUCAAUAAUGGGCAAUUCGGGUAGCAAAGUGAAUUUUCGUAAAGCGGUCAUCGAAUUGACAAGCAAAAAAACAGAAGGAGAAGAGGACGCGUUUUGGGAAGAGCUUUGGGCAUCGAACAUUAAUAGUGCGGCUGAUGUGUUUGCGCUUGUUCCAGCUGAAGAUGUUCGUUCACUGCGAGACAACACUCCGAACAAUCUCGCCUCUCUCUGCUACAAAACUGUGAAUCGUUUGACAGCUGCUCGAGAUUCCCCAUCCGCUCUUAAUGCUGUUAAAGUGUUGAAUUGUAUACGGUUAUUGACGCGUGUGAUGCCGUAUUUGUUCGAAGAUUCUGACUGGCGAGGUUUCUUCUGGUCGGUACCGCCUCAGUCUGAAGAAGGUGGCCAGCCUGCAAGUCAACCUCUGGCCUACACUCUCAUGUCUACAUUAACAGAUUUACUGUUCUGCCCCGAAUUUACAGUGGCUUCAAUUACCAAUCGAUCAGAGUGUUCUGAAGAUCUCUCGUCAUUGGAUAGCUGUGAAUACAUUUGGGAAGCAGGUGUCGGUUUUGCGACUAAGCCAACCCAAAAUGCCGAUCAUGAUAAUCGUCGAGCUGAAAUACUCAAACUUUUAUUGACAUGCUUUUCUGAAGUAAUGUACGCACCCGUUACAGAUGAAGAUCGAAUGCGUUGGAUAGCGCGUUUCACGUCUGCUGAGAAUCGGCACGUGUUACCGUUAUUUACGUCGUUACUGAACGUUGUUUGUGCAUACGAUCCAGUCGGUUACGGUCUACCCUAUAACUAUCUUCUCUUCUCAGAUUCUAAAGAACCACUCGUUCAAACCGCCUUACAGGUGCUUAUCGUUUGUCUUGACAGUGAUUGUGGACGUAGCGAUGCAGAAAAGAAUGAAUAUGCUGAUAAUUUCUUCAUAAAUUAUUUGUCCCGGAUCCAUCGUGAAGAAGAUUUCGAUUUCAUGCUGAAAGGCAUGACGCGUUUGCUAGCCAAUCCUCUGCAGUCGACGUAUUUGCCCAAUUCCACCAAAAAAGUUGCAUUUCAUCAAGAGUUACUGGUUCUUUUGUGGAAAUGUUGUGAAUACAAUCAGAAAUUCAUGUUCUAUGUGUUGAAGACCAGUGAUGUUUUGGAAAUAUUAGUGCCAAUAUUAUAUCAUAUCAACGACUCUCGAAAUGAUCCAGCAAGAGUUGGUCUUAUACAUAUGGGUGUGUUUAUUGUGCUUUUAUUGAGUGGCGAGCGUAAUUUUGGUGUACGUCUUAACAAACCGUAUACACCUCGUGCAGCGAUUGAUAUACAACCGUUCACAGGCACACACGCUGAUCUUCUCAUUAUUGUUUUCCACAAGCUAAUCACAACAGGCAAUCAUCGUUUACAGUCCCUGUUCGAUUGUCUACUCACCAUUAUUGUUAACGUAUCACCAUAUCUGAAAUCAAUCUCAAUGGUUGCUGCCAACAAGCUAAUCCAUCUAGUUGAAGCCUUCUCAACUCCAUGGUUCCUGUUCUCCUCACCAGUCAAUCAUCAUCUUGUUUUCUUCCUUCUUGAAAUCUUCAAUAACAUCAUUCAAUAUCAGUUUGACGGCAAUUCCAAUCUCAUCUACACCAUAAUAAGAAAGCGGCAAGUGUUCUACCAGUUGGCAAAUCUCGCCUCGGAUUCCGCAUCCAUAUCAAAAAGUUUACAAAACCGCAAAGGACGCGCUAAAACGGAUGAAAUAGCUGAAAGUAAACCGUUGACACCCACUUUGUCAAAUCAACCAGUUGAAGAUGCUACGAAAACAAGCAGUGUUAAGCCAACUCUUGCUGCCACUCCUCAUAUGUCAUCAAUGACUGAGAAAGGAGCCGGUGAUUGGACGAGAGAUAGUGCAGAAACGAGCGAGGAAAGUUGGGUGGCCACUCCCGAAUGGGUGGAAUCAUGGAAGAGCAAGUUACCACUGCAGACAAUUAUGAGACUGUUACAAGUGUUGGUACCGCAAGUCGAAAAGAUUUGCAUCGACAAAGGAUUGACGGAUGAAAGCGAAAUUCUAAAAUUCCUUCAACAUGGAACUUUGGUUGGACUUUUGCCAGUUCCUCAUCCGAUUCUCAUUCGAAAGUAUCAAGCGAACGCGGGUACAAACCACUGGUUCCGUACUUAUCUUUGGGGCAUCAUUUAUUUAAGGAAUGUAGAUCCACCAAUUUGGUAUGAUACAGAUGUGAAAUUGUUUGAGAUUCAAAAGAAUUGA